AUGGACAUGGAAAGAGGACCCAGAUACGAAGCAUACGCUGAGUUGAGGGAAAAAAAGCUGCGAAUGAAGUACCUGAGGCAACAAGAAGAUGAAGAAAAAGAAGAACCUGAGGUAGUGGAACCAAAGCUUCCACCAACCCCACCAAGAAAACAGGUCAAGUUUCAGGGUGGUUUUGCCUCUGGGAGAAAAGGGUCCUCUGUUCUUGCACAGUCUGUGCCAGAUUUCUCUGCAGCAUUGAGGAAGGAAAACCGAAAACCGGUGAAUAUGCUACCUACAGUGAUGGAGUUGACACCUCCAUCGAAGAGUUUUUCUAAAGGUUGUGGGGUUUUGUCUAGUUCAAGAGGGAGUAAGUCAGCAAAUGCAGGAGAGAAAAGAAGGGGUGGUGGUGGUGGUGGUGGUGUUCUCAUGGCAAGGAAGAGCUAUGCCUCCAUUGAUGAACUCAAGAGUUUUUCUUCGGUUACUGCCAAUGCUAUCAAUGGUGAAAGUAGAAUAGCAGGAGGAAGGAAUAGCAGCAGAAUCAUGGGGAGAAAAACAGUUUUAGGGUGCAGACAAAUUUGA